AUGAGCCUAUCCCACGCUGACUCCCUCUUCCGCCGCUGCCUCUCCGACUCCCCCGCCUUACUCCCCGCGCUUCUCUCAUGCCUCCACGAUGCCUCCGCCCUCCGCCACCGCGCUCUUCGCUCUCUGCUCCUUCCCCGGCAACCGCAUCCGGGCGGUCGAGUGCGGCGCCGUCUCCGCUCUCCUUCGGAGCGCGGAUUCGGGCUGGAGAGGAGCGUAGAGAUUAUCGGGGUUUUGGCGAAGUGUAAGGAGGGGAGGGAGCAGAUGGUACGGUUUGGCGAGUGCGUGCAGAUUCUUGCUGGUGUGUUGAGGAAUGGAAGCUCCAGGGGAGUUCGGAUGAUAAUGCCAAGGUCAAGAGGAAUUCCUCAUGUUUGAUUCACCUUCUCCGUCAACACCCAUUGGUUGAAUUGAGAUAACGAGUCUGUGAAUGGAUGUCAGCUGGAUCUGGAAUGAAGAAGGAUCAAUUGUAAUGUCGUCUGUGCUGGUGAGUUGAUUCUUUCUUCUUUUUCUUUUUUUCUGAAAUUCCUGCUCUACAAAAUGAGGGUUAUUUUUUGUUGUACAUUGGAAAUAAAAUAAAAAAUGUACCAGUUAUUUCUUGUUAGCAGUCAUAGGAGGAAGCUUUCCUGUUCAGCCAUAGGACACUGGAUUGUAAUGCUUUGAUGUCUGAAAAAUUCUUUGAAUCCAAGCAAAUUUACAAUACUUGGUUAUCAUAUCAUUGUCAGGUCAAUAACUUUCCGGCAUUCUAUGCCAAUCCAAGCUUUCAUUUGAGGAGGGCCAUCUCCUAAAAACUUACAUCAGAAUUUGCCACCGAAACAUGUAAAAUACAGAAGUUGCAACAGAAGUAUGUAAAAGUAAAACCUUUCACGCAAAGCUUUUGAAAACAAGCUUUUAGCGAUCCAUUUAAUUAAUGCAUUGGCGAAAUAUUCCUGAAUCCUAAUGUAUGACAAGUUGGGAAUCAAUUUGCAUCUGGUUGGAUGGUAGUACUUUCUCAAAUGGUUCUCUCC